AUGAGUCAUGACGUAUGUAUAUCAAUGCCAAAAGGAAAUAUGGCGAUUGGUAUUUUGUUGGUAUAGUAUUGUGGCCUGUUGAUUUUGCACGAGAAGUGGUUAUCGUGUUCAAGAUUGUUGGUUACAAUUUAAAUUCGAAGUAGAACUUAUUAAGACAAUGAGUUUCUUUGGUAAAAUAUUUGGUGGUAAAAAGGAGGCGGCACCUUUAUCAACAGCCGAGGCGAUACAAAAAUUACGCGAGACAGAAGAUAUGUUGAUAAAGAAACAGGAUUUUCUCGAAAGUAAAAUAGAACUUGAAAUACAAGUUGCCAAGAAAAAUGGAACAAAAAACAAAAGAGCUGCGAUUCAGGCUCUUAAAAGAAAGAAACGUUAUGAAAAACAGCUGCAACAAAUUGAUGGUACACUUACUACAAUUGAAAGUCAAAGAGAAGCACUUGAAUGUGCAAAUACUAACACUGCUGUACUUACUACCAUGAAAAAUGCAGCAGAUGCAUUGAAAUCUGUUCAUCAACACAUGGAUGUUGAUCAAGUACACGAUAUGAUGGAUGACAUAGCUGAACAACAGGAUGUAGCAAGAGAAAUUUCCGAUGCAAUCUCUAAUCCUGUAGCAUUUGGAAAUGAUGUAGAUGAAGAAGAAUUAGAAAAAGAAUUGGAAGAACUUGAACAAGAACAACUUGAUAAAGAAUUGCUUGGUAUUGAACCUACUGAUGAACUACCAAAUGUUCCAGCUACUGCUAUUCCAACUGCCCCAGCUAGGACUCGCACAAAAGCCAAACCAGAAGAAGAUGAAGAUUUAAAAGAAUUGGAAGCAUGGGCAUCAUAAGCUUCAUAUGGUGUAACAAAUGGUGUCAAUUCUUCGGCCCAAAAUGGAAUAAAUCUUUCUAUUCGCAUGAAACGUUGUGUGAGAACACCUACAUCUCGUACUCCGUAAUCUUUACCGACUUCCAUUAAUCUGGAGUAUACAUGAAGUGCAUAUUCUGAUGGUAUAUAUAAGCAAUAACCAGAUUCACCAGUAUGUGUGAAUGACAUUACCAUUACAUCAGAAGCAUACGCGACAUUUACAUUCUGUUAAAAUUAAAAUACAUAAAAUUAAUAUACAUACAUACAUGAUUAUAAAUCCACUUAUUACUGAAAUAUUAAAUAAAAAUUAAUGUAAACUAAUUACCUUAUAUGUAAAAGGAGAGAGAUUAAUAUUAGAAUUGGAAAGUUCUGAAAGUAAUCCUGUUGCUUUAGGUCCUACUAAAUUGAUAACAGUAUAUUUUGAUGUUACAUCAUUAAGACCUACUGAAUAGUCAGCUGGUAAAUGUCUGCACAAUAAAUGAAUAAUUUUUAUAAAAUUAAAA